AAAAUUGAAUAUACUUUUUAAGGGUCUUCGCUUGUUCUUGCUACAAUAAUAUAGUUCUUCUAAACCAAUUAGGGGUUAGGGUUUGCGAUUGUUGUUUUCAUUUCUUCGAUUCAACUUGUUCAAAUCUAUACAUACAACUGCCGGUACAUAUACAUAUAUAUAUACGUUGUAGCGACGAUGUACGCCGAUCGUGAGUCCAGCGCCGGUAAGCUCUCCGUCAAAGACCGUCUCCAGCUCGCUGGUUCAGGUAGCCGUCGUCAAAAUCACAAGCGGCAGAGGCAAGAGGAUGACAAAUGGGUGCAUAAUCUCUAUGAUAACAAAGGGACUCAAGUUUUAAAUCGCAGAGAUCUUCGUCUAAAGCUCCAGAACAAGAGUACUCAAAGUCAACUCGAGAUUGAAGGUAUAAGAGAUCUGCGUGAAAAGCUGUCUGGUUCAAAUAAUUCACUAAAGGUGACCACUGCUGCGCCAAAGCGAAGAAAAGUUGCUGUGGACAGUAGACUUGCUAGGAAAGUCAUAGUUCAAGUCCCUGUACAAGAGGCCAAAAAAGUCAUGAGGACCAUGUCCAAGAAAAAGACUGUACAUGAGGCUGAAACUGUGGAUAGCUUCCUACAAUCCCUGGGUCUAGAAAAAUAUUCAUUAACAUUUCAAGUUGAGGAAAUUGAUAUGGCUGCCUUUUUACAUAUGAAUGAUGCAGACCUGAAAGAUUUGGGCAUACCCAUGAGGUGGAGACUUGGUUUGGUACUUCCAGUUCCGGAGCUAUAUCUACUUCUGAAUGUAGGAUUGGUCCAAGAAAGAAGAUACUACUGGCAUUGGAUUUGAUACUCUGACACUGGGUAGUGCAUACUCUUUUGUAAAGCCAAUGGGCUAGCAUGUAAUGUCUUGUACAACUAACUAAUAGGCAGCCAUUUGCUUUUUAACCGCUACUCCUCCGGUAAAUAAAUACCAUUGUUCAAGUUAUUGUC